GGCGCACUGCGAAAGCGCCAAGAUGGCGGCGCGCGCCCUGCGCGGGCCCUGGGGGCUGCGGUUCCUCACCGCCCGCUUCUCGCAGCGCGCCGCCACCGGCAGCGAGUUCCGCAGCGCCUACAGCUUGGACAAGUUGUACCCGCCGCGGGACGGCGGCACCGCCAGCGACCCGGCGAGUGGGAAUGGGGUCGAGGAGGCCAAGCCGGCGGCCUUCAACAUUCCCAUGGACCGACUGACUGUAUCCUACAGCCGGAGCAGCGGCCCUGGUGGGCAGAAUGUUAAUAAAGUGAAUACCAAGGCAGAAGUCAGGUUCCACCUGGCAUCAGCAGACUGGAUCCCAGAAGCUGUAAGAGAAAAAAUGGCAUCAAUGCACAGAAAUAAGAUAAACCGAGCUGGUGAGCUGAUUGUGAACUCUGAAGAGAGUCGCUACCAAAUGAGGAACCUGGCAAUUUGUUUAGAAAAGAUCAGAGUCAUGGUCACAGAAGCUACUGAGAAGCCCAAGGUGGUGUCUAAGGAGACUGCACAGCAACUCAUAGCCAGGGUAGAAAAAAUGAACCGUGAACGAUUAAGACAGAAAAAGAUACACUCAAAUAUAAAACAGAGCAGGAAGGCAGAUUUCGACUGAGAGCAGAAGAGAUGGAAGUCUUUCAUGUACUACCUUUAGAAGGAAACGUUGUUGGCAACUGUAGAUGAUACUAAACUGAGCUGGAUGGAAUAAAGUGUCUAAAAUUGUAAAUAAAAAACGUUUAGAACCUGCUGA